CCUUCAGAGACUUCAGUGAAUCAGCACAAAAGUCCUCAAAAGAGUCACAGGCCUGUGAACAAAUCUUUAAAUGAUCAGACAUCAAAUGGUGACAGUCCACAACAAAAAAAUAGCUCGUCUUCCACUACUUCGUUCAGUCCAUUUAUUGAUCCCAGACUGCUACAGUUUUCACCUCCAACAAGCCCAACUGUCUCCCCUAGCAGUAUAAAAGUGGAGCCUUUCCGCAGAGAAAACGCAAGGAAAGGAUCCGUUGUCAAUGUUAAUCCAACAAAUAUUCGACCUCAGAGUGACAGUCCCGAGAUUCGCAAGUAUAAGAAGAAAUUUAAUUCUGAGAUCCUUUGUGCUGCUCUCUGGGGUGUUAACCUCUUGGUGGGAACUGAACAUGGUCUAUGGCUGCUGGAUAGAAGUGGGCAAGGACGAGUUUAUUCCCUUAUUAGCAGAAGACGAUUUUACCAAAUGGAUGUACUGGAAGGACUAAAUAUCUUGAUUACAAUUUCA